CACUUUUCAUACGAAAUAACAUUCGAGAUAAACAGUGUUGUGAAAGCCUUUAUUGCGCCUUUUCAUUUUUAGGUAAACUUACAGACAAGUAAGAUGGCGGAAUCGUGGGACGAAGUCACCUAUAUCAGGAAAAGACAACCUAAAGCUAGUCAAAUGAGAUCUCAACAGGCUGUGAUUGCUGCUCAAAGAUCUGGUGGGGAAGUUGAGACUUCCAAAAAAUGGUCUGCUGGUCAGAACAAACAGCACCUAGCCUCGAAGGACACCGCCAAACUGGAUCGUGAGACAGAAGAGCUUCAUCACAGUAAAGUGGGCCAUGAUGUGGGGGUGUUGAUUCAGCAGGGUCGACAGGCUAAAAAGUGGACACAGAAAGAUCUGGCAACACGGAUUAACGAGAAGGGGCAGGUGGUGAAUGAUUACGAAUCCGGUCGAGCGAUUCCUAACCAGCAGGUGAUGACUAAACUGGAGAGAGCGUUAGGGAUAAAACUCAGAGGCAAAGACAAAGGCCAACCUUUGGGCAAGAAAUGAACUUUUAUUGUUUUUGAGACCCAGCAUUUGUUGGAGAAACGGAGUCGUUUAUAUGCAUAUAUUGACAUACUGUGUACUAAUAUCAUAAGUGUCCGAUAGAUGAAAGCCGUUUGGAAAGCCAUGUUACAUUUUACUUGUUGCAGGUGUUAUCCUCAUAACUGAUGAAAUUUAUUUGCAUUCACUCAGUUUUUGUGAUUAUUAGGUGCUGUUUAAUGGCAGUGUAAUGGAUUUUUUUUUCAGUUCUAAAGAUAGUUUGGUUUACUUUAUUAGUUUUCUUUAUGUUGGAAUGAAACUUAUGCUUUUGCAUGGCCGGUAAAAUUCUGUGAAAAGGAUUUCGCUCAGCUUUCAGUGCUAAAAGCUUCUUCCAUGCAAACCUACUUCCUGGUGAAACAUUAAUUCUUUAGACAAUUAAAGGACAUUUUAAAUUUUCUUACAUCUGUCAAAAUUGUUUUUCAUCAACACCUGAUUUAUGAUAUGUAUUUGCAUUGUACAAAGUAUUAAAGAAAGUUUUAUACCCAAAA